ACGCGCGUAAUCGCGAUAGGUUUCUCGCGAGACAGAAGAACAUUUUCUUCCAUCGGAAGAUGAUGCACCGUCGCUUUCGACUCGCACUACCGACCCUACUAUGCUGGUUGGUGGUUGUAUGCGCCGAAAGCGACGUUGUCCGCAAUGAAGACAUCUGCGGUGCUCAGAACGGUCGUCGGCUGUACCUCGAGCUUGGAGAGAAGGGGAUUCUGUACGCGAAGAACGUGUCGUUCGCGAGGACCGAGGCGAGACAGGAUGGUUCGCGAAUUUACACGAACACCAGUUCUCAUGCUCAGUGCACCCUGGAACUGGUUACAUGCCCGUCCUGCGUGAUCAUCGUCACCUUUCAAAGCAUCGCGCUGUCGCACCAUUGCGGCGAUGGUAGCGUCACGAUAGACAGCCCGUGCAGGUGCGAUUACGUGUGGAUCUCGGAGCCGCCGUACGAAGACGUGUCCGGGACACCGUUUUGCGGUCUGUACGCGCCGAUCACGUAUAGGUCGAGCACGAGGACUCUGUCGAUUACUCUUCUCUACAGUCAGUCGAGGAAGCACGCGUUCACGUUGGAGUACACCGCGGAGAGGAACAGGUUGCACCUGCGAGGCACAAAGUUGACGGGACAAAACGCGAAAGGGUUGAACAACACCGGCGGUGGGAUUCUAACGUCUCCGUUCUUCCCUGCUCGUUACCCCCGUGAUUUGGGCUUGGAGUAUGUGGUUGCGUGCCCAAGCGAAGCACUGUCCUGUCGUAUCAGGUUGCUUUUUAGUGAUUUUCAGCUGGCCACUGUGUCGAUAAUGGAGUUCUACGAUUGGAACGGGCAAAGAUUGGACGUCAGCAGUGGCGCGAGAUUUCGGCCGCCGGUGAUCGUCAGCUCCGGCCCGUCGUUGCUGAUACGUUUCUACGCGAACGGCGGCACCGGGCUGGGCUACAAGGCUUUCUACUCGUUCGUGAUCGGCAACGCGUUCGACAAGUCCGUGCAGCCGAUCACCGACUGCGGCGGCUACGUGGAGAACCUCGGUGGCGCUAUCACGAUGAUGGACAUGGUCGGCGAGGGUGUCAAGACCUACGAUUGCGUUUGGCUGAUUAGACCGCCGAAAAACUUCCUGCACGCGAAGACGCACAUGUACCUGAAGGUUGUCGCGUUCGCGGACAUGGCCGGCAACACGGAACUCGUUGUGAGGCAGGGUCCAACGUCCGCUCUGAUGCCGCUCGAGACCUUGAGACAUCCAGCGAGUCAGGUGCAGCCGAUCAGGUACAGGGAACACAUCGCCCCUGUGGCCAGCGGUUUCCACGUCAGCCUUAGAGGAACGUUUGGUUCCCCUUCUCACCUGGCGAUCGCCUACGCGGCUUUCAGCUACAUGGACUGCUUCGCGGGCUCCGAUUUCCUCUGUCGAAACCACAGAUGCAUACCCACCCAGUUGAACUGCGACGGCUUCGACCAUUGCGGCGAUGAGAGCGACGAGCCAGCGACCUGUUUUCGAGACUGGGAAAUGGAGCCGCAAGACCGUAAAUGGCACUCGAACAAGGCGAACUAUUAUUUCCCGAAGAUCGACCGCUAUCCUGACCUGAAGACGGCUACUCUCGUGUUCGUCGCGAGCAGUCUCGGGCUGAUUGUUCUGAUCUCGGCGCUGAUCGUUCUCCUGUACAAGAUGGGAGCAAGGGCGAGACAGCAGAGAGAACUACAGUCGCGGCUGCAGACGAUCAGCGAGCUGUUAGUAUUCGACAUUGCAGACGGAGCACGAAUCGACGAGAUCGCGGUGUCGGACGACCCGCCGGUCUAUGAAGCGCCCCCUGGCUACGACGAGGUUGUCAAGCUGGGCCUUGAUUCGGAGAUCUUGUCGCGAAAGAAGAAGAGAACGUGCGGUCAGGAUUCGCGUGGAACAAACUCAUUGGAGCGAUCGUCGGACUGUUCGACGGCGGGUGCGGCGAGCACCAGUCGGGGAAACAGAUUGACGAUGCCGAUUCCAAUCAACGACGACGAAGCCGAUGCGAAUGCCGAUUCGGGUCCUCCGAGGCGUAUGAACCAUCUGCCGGACAGUCCGCCGCCGCCGUACGUCACACCUCCAGGAUCGAUAUCGCGAUACUUUGGCUUCCCGAGCAUUUAUCGUGCACGCGACAGACGAGACGAGGACGGCCGGGAGGAUCGAGGUGAGUCGAGUCGCGCCGAGGAAGAGGGCAUUGAGCGUAGAGGAAGAGAGUGGAUACGCCGGUCGGGAGCGUUUUCCGUUUCUCUGACGGACAGCUGCGACCAAUCGACAUCAGAGAUGCUAAUCCGGUCGUCAAUGUCGAUCGACGGCGACCUUCUCGGUGCGUAUGUUCGAAAUCGCGAGAUUUCGAGUUCGUUUCGCAUGGCCGAUGCGUCCUGUGAUUCGCAGCCCAGGAGCUCGCGCGUUGCUUUGACCGACACCGAGCCCGAAGGCGGCGAAAGAGGACGAGACGGCGAGCCGCCCAGGGAGGAAACAGUCGCUUCCAUGGAACGGCCGGUCGAGAAACCAGCGCAAUCGCUGGCAGCCGGGCAGGAGCACGAGCGAGAACAAGAACAGGUCGCGGUCGAGGUCGCAGCUAGCCCGGACGACGCUCAGCAGCUCGGAUGUUGUUGCGAGGGAGCUUGCGGUUGCGCGACCAUUCGCGAUCGUCAUUGGCCGCAACUCCGCCACGUUUCUCGAAACGAACGAGAGCCGGAGCCGGAUCAGUUGACAAAAUCUGUACCCACGGCGGCAGCGGAACGAGACCAGGAUGAAUCUGACUUCCAUCGGUCGAAGAACGCGAUUAUUAGACUGCUCGGCACUACAGCCGGAAAAUGGCAAUGCGGAAGUGCCAACUCCACGACCGCGUCCUCGCCCUGCGGCACCUUCAAGAGACCCGUGAGAAUGCUCUCGGUUCGCUCUCGCGACGGCUACGCCGGCAGACUCGGAGGCAUAGGAUCCACCAACAGCUACGAGAAGCUGAGCAACGUCGACUUCGACAUCGGCCGCAGAAACUUGCUGAACGUCUCGGAUCCGACUAUGAUCGACGCCAACAAUCAACGAGUUCACGCCAGAAGGUACUCCAGCUGCGACAUACAAAGCCUCUGCGAGGGAAUCAGAGCUCUGGACGGGGUUCUAGGCCACGGCAGCUACACGGCGGUGGCACGUAGCCGCAAUCAGUCGGUCACGAUUAUGCUGUUCGGCACGCCAAGACACGGGAUGAUUCAACGACGAAUCAGCAAGGAGGAUCCUGUCAGGCAGCAGGUGGAUCGGCUCGCUUGCGCCAGUUCGGACGUUCUUCCCUGUUCCAACUGAUACCGGUAUCGACCUAUGUCCUCGAGAUGAAAGGAAUUGGUACAGUAAUAUCGCAACUCCUGCACGUUCUUCGCACCGCAGCUUGCUAAGUAGUCGAACGGUAACAACAAAAAUUGCUUUACUCUGAUUGCACGAAGACACGCCGCGGAGUUGAACGCGCAUUAAAAUGGCCUUGAUACGAAUGCUUGCUAAAGGAGGCGGAAAAGCGGCGCGCAGAAGUUGAGAUAUUACGAUACACAUAUCGCUGAAGAAUCGUACCUUAAACGUUUUGCUUGCAAAAAAUGUUUUAUUGCUUGUACACGCGUCGCUUUGAAACGCAAACGACGCGGUCCCUAUAAACGAUUCUAUAUUAUA